AAGUAUUUUAAAUCAAGGCAAAGAUAGAGAUGUAUCAGAUUGUUACCGUGUUGUCUUGUUAAAAGGAAAAAGGAACACUUUUGAGCAGGUACACCUGACUUUCAGCUAUUUAGUUGAAAACUGAAACUACUGCUCAUCUUCACUAUGAACUAAUCUGCAGAUUACAUUCACCAGCCACUUUAUUAGGUACAUCUUGCUAAUACUUGGUCAGUUUGGCAUUUGCAUUAAGAACUGCCUUAAUUCAUCACGGCAUAGAUUCAAGGUGUGGGAAAUAUUCUCAAGAGAUUUUGGUCCACGUUGAUAUGAUAGCAUCACAGAGUUCUGAUGCAGAUUUGUUAGCUGCACAUCUAGGAUGUAACCUUCCACAUCCCAAAGGUGCUCUGUUGGAUUGAGACCUGGUGAGUGUGGAGUUACUUUCAUCAUGCAGCUGGUGAUCCGCCGGUACCGUCCUGCAGACAAGGACACAGUGCUCACCCUCUUCAGCAUUGGCAUCUUGGAGCAUAUCCGUCCAUGUUUCUAUAACGCCAUGACCAGUCGCCUUUACCUCACCAUCACCCCGACUCUGUGUGUUGUUGGUUAUCUCCUUGGCUCUGUGUUUGGAGCUGUACUGUUCCCAGCAGCUUGGGUAGGUCUCAUCUACUACUGCUGUCAUGAAGUAUAUGCCAGCUACAUCAGGCUGAGACUUCGCACCGACAUGCAGGACAUCCCUGGGAACUUCCUCAGCAGACCUGAUGACUGUUUCUGGGUGGCUGAGGCCGAGGUUGGAGCGAGAGCCCAGGUUGUUGGUAUGGUGGCUGUGGUAGCUAAACACAGUGGGACAGAAAAGUAUGGGGAAAUGUUCAGAAUGAUUAUUUCCCCACAGUAUAGACGGAUGGGCCUCGGCUUUAGGUUGACUCAGACCGCGGUUGACUUCUGUAAAGAACGGGGCUUCUCCAAGGUGGUGCUGGAGACUACCUCCACCCAAAUGGCAGCCGUGGUUCUGUACAGCAAAGUGGGGUUUAACCGUGUCCAGUCUCAUAUCAAAGCACAGGCAGCUCAUUGGAUCAUUUCACUGGCCAGGGUCACGAUUGUAAGGAUGGAAAAAUACUUGUAGAUCAAAAAUAACACUCAUUAGCAAUGUGUUGUUUUCACGCUUUGCUCCCCUUUAUCAGUGGUUUAAUAUUUGGCAAUGGUUAAACUUGACUGUAAUCAAAACGUUGUUCAGGUGUAACUUAGGGGGGAAAAAAGCCAAAUCUGUUAUGUCUGUGAAGGUUCUCAGUCAUCACCCAAAUCUGUUAUAUACUUUAGGACAAAGCACUAUGAACAGAUCGGAAAGUAAGGAGCAAGAUGUUGUUACUAAAACCUGGUUUCCUCUUUAUAGAGUACUUUACAUAUUCUCUGACUAUAUUUUAAGCCCUAGAAAAAUGUCUGUUAACAACAUAAGCCCAAGUAGCAGCUCCAGUCCUGUGAACCAAGAUUCACUAACAGUUAAUCCUUACACUGUGUACUUUUCAGUGAUGAUUAGAAUAAUUUAAUGUAAUCAGUUGUACUGACCACUUUCAGCUGUAUUCAUUUAAAAAAGAAAGGAAGAAAAUGUUUCACAAUCUCUGUGUUCAUUUAUCAUCCUUGUUAUGUGAGAAGGAAGGUCUGAUGUACUUUCUACUACUAAUUCUACUAAUUGCCAAGAUUUGGAGAAACGUUUUAAAAUGUCAUAACUGAGAUACAGUACACACAACAUAUUGUGAGCACAUGAUACAAAGUAUGUAAAAAUGUUGUAUGUCGUAAUAAUAUUAAUAAUAAAAACAUUAACUUUUAAAAGGUAA